GUGUUGGUUGGAGCCCUGAGAGCUGUCACUGGAGAGCUGUAACGCUAUAGAGCUGUCCACUCAUCAUGCCAGAGCUGAUCUCAAAGGGCACUACCAUUUCCAAGAAAGGCUUCAAAAAAGCUGUAACUAAAACUCAGAAGAAAGAAGGGAAAAAGCGGAAAAGAUGCCGCAAAGAGAGUUAUGCCAUUUAUGUCUACAAGGUGUUGAAGCAGGUGCAUCCUGACACGGGCAUUUCCUCUAAGGCCAUGAGCAUUAUGAAUUCGUUUGUUACUGACAUCUUCGAGCGCAUCGCUGGCGAGGCGUCCCGCCUGGUAUAUUACAACAAGCGCUCGACCAUCACGUCCCGGGAGAUCCAGACGGCCGUGCGCCUGCUGCUGCCUGGGGAGCUGGCCAAGCACGCCGUGUCCGAGGGCACCAAGGCCGUCACCAAGUACACCAGCUCCAAGUGAACUUGUCCAAGCGAGUGUCUUCAGCUAAUCUAACUCAAAGGCUCUUUUAAGAGCCACUCACAUUUCCUCCAAAAGGGUUGUGAACUCUGCUGACACACAGUUCCUCGAUUAUGACAAGCUGAGAAUUCAAAAAUCUUGCUUCUAAAAGCGGUGAAAGUAGGUGCUAGUUACUUGAAUGGUGCGACUUGUUCAGCCAGCUUAGGACCAAACAGUGAUGUAGAACUAGCAACUGAAGCUGAUGAAGUACUCUCCCCAACGGUGCCAAAAUUCACAUUACAUUCUCCGGCUACCAGAGUGUUUCACGGGAGCCCUGAGUGUCUCCAUACAAGCAAUGCUCCUUGAGUUUGAAGAGUAUUUGUAAUCUGUACAUGUGGAUGGGGUUGCUGGCGGAGACUA